AUGCCUCAAGAUUUCGAUAAUAUAUACCUAGGACCUUCGUUAUCGUCAGGCUCGCUUCUUUUCCUAUUUUUUUUUAAAAAAAAAAUAGAUUUAAUAAAAUGUUUGCGGAAAUUGAACCCGUAUGAUUAUUCGUCGAAUAUCCCGAAUUCCGAGUUACAAUAUUUCGAGUAUCUUAAAACCAAAUAUAACGUAUCGGGAUACAACCCCGAUGGAAGCCUUCUUAAUUUAAGCGAAGAAACGUUGGGUAUAGCUCGAAUAGGCUGGCUCAAACACGUCUGUUCAGCGAUAUCACCUUUGUACUCGGUGAUGAAUGAUUACGCUCUAUCCCAUAAAAUUGUAGACGAGGCCAGGGGGGUAAUAUAUUGUUACGUGCCUAAGGCUUCCUCGACUUCUUGGAAGAGCUUCUUUAUGGUUUCCAAUAAUUUAUCCUACAAAACGUUACUCGAAUCUUCUAUGAUUCCCAAUGAUUCUUUAGGACACUACGUGGAAGGAUUUGAGUUUAAAAUAUUAUCGAAUCUCGUCAUGAGUGAUGAUAACUAUGAAGCUAGAAAAUACCUAAAAUUUAUGUUCGUGAGAAAUCCAAUAAGCAGACUAAUGUCGGCCUACAGAAGCAAGUUCGAAUGGAAGAACGAGUAUUUUAUAUCACGUUAUCGUAAUUACAUAGAAUUGCUAGCUUCAAGCAAUUCGAGCGAAAUAGGUGGCCAGAAUUUUGACGCGGUAUUUAAAACGGGAGAGCAGUCUAAUAAUAAUAAUAAUAAUGAAAACGUCACUUUCUUGAAAUUCGUCAAGUUCCUUUUAAAUAUUCGUUACUUGAGGAACGAAAGCUUGAGGGAGUACCUCGUGAACGAACAUUGGAGACCCUAUUCGGAUAUUUGCGCUCCGUGCAGCCGUGGAUUGGACUUUAUCGGAAAACAAGAAUCGCUGGUGCAGGAUGUGAAGAAAAUACUGGGGUUAACGGGAUGGGACACCCUGAAUUACAAUCCGUUUAAACAAUAUUUUCCUUUUAAUCUCGGUGAUGCUCAUUCGCGUACCUUGAUCGAUAUGUUUAGGAGUAAGACAAUUUCGCGCGAUUAUUCCGAUCACGAAAGCGUGUUACUCGAGUCGCUCCCGGAGGAUUUACUCGUGAGUUUGAUUGGCUUUUAUAAAUAUGACUACCUACUUUUUUACCCGCUCGAUCCGUUAUUCCGCAAAUAUAUAAACCGGCUCGCAUAAAACUUUGUAAAUAAUAAAUGCGUAGAUCGAAACUGGUAAAGA